AUGGUUCCCCUGGCCGUCAAUCCGGAUGAAAGCCCGCCCAUCCUCCCGAGCGGGUUCCUCUCUGGGCUCGCUGACGACACCACGGGUGUAGCUCAGCUGCAGGCUGGUCGCCUGCUGAUACGGAAAUUAAUUGCAGAAAAGUUGCGCAUACCUUGGAAUGAAAUACAUUUGCAAAGGACAUCAAAAGGAAAACCUUUCCUGGCAAAUAACGUAUUCAGUAUCUAUUCGAAUUACAACUUCAAUGUCUCUCAUCAAGGAGAUUAUGCAGUUCUUGCAGCUGAGCCUGAGCUUCAAGUUGGCAUUGAUAUUAUGAAGACUAAUUUACCAGGUAGUAGCUCAAUUCCAAAUUUCUUUCGCAUCAUGAAGCGACAGUUUACUGAAACAGAGUGGGGUGUAAUCAAGUCUAUGAGUAAUGAAUGGUUGCAACUCGAUAUGUUUCAUCGGCACUGGGCCUUAAAGGAAAGCUUCUUAAAGGCUGUUGGAGUCGGAAUUGGCUUUAACUUGCAAAGAAUUGAAUUUAAUGUGUCCCCAUUGCAACUGGAAAUAGGGAAGGUGUAUAAGGAGACAAAAAUGCUUCUGGAUGGAGAUAAAGAAGAAGAGUGGAUGUUUGAGGAAACCCGGUUAGAUGACCAUCAUCAUGUUGCAGUGGCUCUCGGGAGACAGGAGGGAUGUGGACAGAAGCAUUCUGAUGUAUGUUCCAUGGAGCCUAACCAACCACAGUUCACAUUAUUGACUUUUGAAGAUUUAGUUGCGUCUGGUAUUCCAGUUGCACCUGAGGAUUCUGCAUAUUGGGAUAAUUUUUGUUCUAAGCCGGAGAGUCCAGUGAAACAGAAUUCACAUUCAAGACAAGAAUGCUUAUAA